AUGGUCUCCUCCAAGUCACUCCUCGUGAGCUUCAGUCUCGUCGCUGGCACCCUAGCACAAUCCUGUUGGCGCAACGCAACCUGCACACACCCGACAGAAGCCUCCUUCCCCGGGCCCUGGGACGCGAACAACUUCGCACCCGAAUCCCGCACCGCGCGACCCAAAUCCGUCCUCUCCCUCUCGACCGGCGAACCCCUCGCCGCGUUUACCUCCUCCUUCUCCUCGCCCUCCGCAGUUCAAGUACUGAAGGGUAAUGGCUCGGCGCUUGUGUUCGACUUUGGCGUCCUUGUCGGCGGCGUCACGACGGUGAAUUACACCCUCACCGGUGCCGGCCCCGUGACUCUCGGCCUCGCCUGGACUGAAGCGAAGAACUGGAUCGGCGAGUACUCGGACAACUCCAACGGCAACUACCGCGGGCCCGGCCAGGCCCUCAUCUCGGACGACGGCGCACUCUUCCACGACGUGGCCGCCCCGGGCCAAGGGUCCUACACCGUCCCGCUGGCCCGCCUCCGCGGCGGUUUCCGAUACCUCACCCUGUAUCUCGUGACCACCACCGGCAACUCCACAACCUCGGCGGAGGGCGCGACGCUCUCCAUCGACGACGUCUCGCUCGAGAUCGUCUUCCAGCCAACCUGGUCCAACCUCCGCGCCUACCAGGGCUACUUCCACUCCUCCGACGACCUCCUCAACAAGAUCUGGUACAGCGGUGCCUACACCCUCCAGACCAACGCCGCGCCUCCCGAGACGGGCCGCGUGCUGACCGAGGACAUCUGGGACGGCGGCUGGUCCAACGACGCCUGGCUCGGCGUCGGCUCGUCCCUCCUCCUCGACGGCGCCAAGCGCGACCGCUGGAUCUGGCCCGGCGACAUGGGCGUCGCCGUGCCCUCGGCCUUUGUCAGCACCGGCGACCUCGAGUCCGCCCGCAACGCCAUCCAGACAAUGUUCGACUUCCAGCGGCCCUCGGGCAUCUUCCCCCGCGCCGGGCCGCCCUACCUCGACGCCACCAGCGACACCUAUCACAUGUGGACCAUGAUCGGCGCCUACAACUACGUCCUCUUCUCGGGCGACCUGGCCUGGCUCGCGAGCAACUGGGCCACCUACCUCCGCGCCAUGGACUACAUCUACGCCAAGGUCCUGCCGGCCACGGGCAUCCUCAACGCCACGGCCACGGGCGACUGGGCGCGCUACAUCAACUCGAUGAACGGCAGUGCUCCCAACAUGCUCCUCUACCGCACUCUCACGACGGGCGCCUUCCUUGCCGAUCUCGCCCCCGUAAGCAACGGCUCCAACUCCUCCUCGACGACGACGACGUCGUCAGGGACGGCGGCGAACCUCACCGAAACCUGGCUCUCGCGCGCCGAGACCCUCAAGGAGGCCAUCAUGACGCACCUCUGGGACCCCGCCAAGGGCGCCUUCAUCGACGGCUACAAGAACCGCACGCUCUACCCGCAGGACAGCAACAGCUACGCCGUCGCCUUCGGCGUCGUCGACCCCUCGGGCGCCGAGGCGGCGUCCAUCUCGCGCGUGCUGACGGAGAACUGGACGCCCAUCGGCCCCUCGUCGCCCGAGCUGCCGGGCAACGUGUCGCCCUUCAUCUCGAGCAUCGAGCUCGAGGCGCACUUCGUCGCGGGCCGCCCCGACCGCGCGGUCCAGCUGAUGCGCGACAGCUGGGGGUGGUACCUGCAGCACCCCAACGGCACGGGUUCGACGGUGAUUGAGGGGUACCUCGCCGACGGCACCUUUGGGUACCGCAGCACGCGCGGGUACACGAACGACCCGAGCUACGUGAGCCACGCGCACGGGUGGAGCAGCGGGCCGACGAGCACGCUGACCGAGUACCUUGUCGGUUUGCGCGUGACGCGGCCGGCGGGCGCCGCGUGGAGCCUGAGGCCCGCGUUCGGCGAGGUGCCGGAGGCCCAGGCCGGCUUCACGACGGCGCUGGGGCGGUUCAGCGCCCGGUGGAGGGUCGAGGGCGCCGUCGCCACGGUGGAGUGGGACGUACCCGAGGGCACGAGGGGAUGGGUGGAGCUCGGGGGCGAGGAGGGGAGGUGGGUGGACGGCGGGAAGGGGACGGCGAGCGUCCGGGUGAAGGGGUCUUGUGGUUCACGGUCCAAGAGACGGGAAAGGCUCGUCUCGAGCGAGUGA